AUGACUUCAGAGAGAGGAGAUCAUUCAGUGCGCUGGCAGCAUAAAAUACAGGAUUCAGUACAACUUGUUAUAGGUAAAGAUAAUUUUUUAUUACCUUGUGAGUUGCAUCUAUCAAUAAAACAGGAAUUAAAUGGUGGCAAAGAAAUUAGUAAUAUUGGAAGAUUAAAAAUCAAUCUUUCUGAAUAUGUUGGGUCCACCAUAAUAACUAGGCACUUUUUAUUACGUGAAAGUAAGGUUAAUUCUACAUUAAAGAAUUUAUUUUAUUUCAGACCUCCAUUAAAGAAAACUCAAAUAUUUAAUGGUAUUGCUGGAAUGAUAUCAGGUCAUAAUGAACAACAAGAUGAUGAAAGAUCAAAAGUUGGAUUAAAUACAGCACAUUAUAUGACAAAAUCUAAAUCAAUAUCUUCACUGAGAUCUGCUUAUUAUGCACAAGCAAAUCACACAACGCCAAUAACUUCAUCACUUGCAACAAAUCAUUUUCUUCUUAAUAUUGAUAGUAAAUCACCAAUUGAUGUUAUUGAAGAGAUAUUUAUGGGGAAUGAUCCUAACAAUGAAGUUGAUGUUAAUGAUCAACAUAGUAUCUCAGAACAUUCAACAUAG